AUGCAACCAGGCAGACCCCCGCUCCGAGCGCCGGGGAGUUUCUCCCCGUUGCUGUCGCAGAACCCACAGUUCGGACAGGGUCACCAACCGGCGGCCUCGACGCCUGCCGCUGCUGAGUCUCGUCCGAGUUCAAGGCGGAUGGAGUCAGUUUCUUCCACAGAGGAUUCAUCAACAUCCUCGCAAACGUCCGCAGCCGUGUCAGCGUCCGUAUCCGCCGCAUCUGCAUCUUACUAUCCCGGCAGCAAUACCGGUCCCAACAACCGUACGCCGUCCACCGCGAACAGUGGACAACAACAGCAACAAACACAACCGCACAUCGCGAGCAGCAUCAACAGCAGCGCCCACAAUCAGACACCGAUUUACGCCAGCUUCACCUCGCAGGCCAAUUCCAGCACCAACAGCCUCCAUAACUUCUCCCGACCAUCCACGGCGAACCUGUCGCCAGCAGCGGCUGCAGCUGCCAGAUCUGUCGCCGCUGCUUCUUCGUCGAGCUACAACAAUGAUCUACCCCGAGGUUCCUCGCCAUUGACCCUUCCACCUGCUGUGAAUAGCAACAACACAUUGGGCAUCAACAGCGCCACCAAGACUGGUGGGUACUAUCAUUCCAGGAAACACUCGCAGACCGCACCGGGCUCCUUCGAGGCCGUGCUGCCCUCGACAUCUGCCAGCAACCUCCCCCACAUCGCCACCAUGGCCGCGACUUCUCCCCCUCCACGGGAGCAGCUCAGCGCCAGUCACAUCGCUGCACAAGCCGCCGUCAUGCAUCAUCAGAACAGAGACCACACGGCGCAGCAAUUACAGUUGCCGAGUCAACAGCAGCAACAACAACAACAACAGCAGCAGCGGCAAAGGUCCCAGACUGUACCUGCACCAUCUCCCGAAGAAGCUCCACCCCAGCAGGGCCAUAAGAGAACAAGUGGAGGGCCAUUGAGCCCGCCGAUGCUCAGCUUGACCGAGGCCAGCGCGCCUCGAGAUACUGGGUUUAGCGGCGGCUUCCAUCACACCUCAGCAGCGCAGGCGGCCGCGAGUAUAGUAUUCCCAAGAUCUGCGCCGCAACAAACAGCACCACAGAUUCAAGUUCCCCCGCCGCCUCCACCUCCGCCGCCGCCCAUGCCAGUCAGGCAAGAGAAAUCCAAAGUCAAGCUGUUCUCGCGGCCCGGAAAGAUUUACACAAAGGGUGACUCCAAGGACAAGCCGCAGCCGAGCCCGGGCAAGAUCGGCACAGCCUUGUCGAACCUGCAACGGGGGAACUUUAGCACAACGAGUCUGGAGUCCUCCAAUGCGUCAUUUUACAGCCUCGCUAACGCAUCCGCCGCGACCAUACGGCCGAGCGAGACUCCACUCGAGGAGAAGAACAAGGAGAAGCGCCACUACUUCCUGUCACGACCGAAACACAAGGCCAAGGACAACGAGGAGUAUAACCUGCCGCUUUCGUCCGCAAAGAGCAACUCUCGACCAACAGAUCCCAGCGCCCCGAACAGUCUCUACAACUUCAACAUCCCAGCCAGCCCUGCCUCGGGAUCGACGUCAUUCAAAAGCAUGAGCGGGUUGGAUCUCCGACAUGGUGGGCGUGCCUUCAGGGAAAAGCGCAAAGAGGACGAGGCGUCACUUGCUCCGCCAGAAUGGUCAGGUCCAGGAAGUCUAGGAAACAGUGCACAGCAGUCAAGCCUAUACCUUCACGAGCCCGUCGACAGUGGGAAGCUGGGGUUGAACAGCAUAGCGCUCGACGAUGCCUGGCCGUACCUCAAAGCUAAGCUCCUGGUUGUGUUUGAGGGCGAAGACUUACGCCUUCCGAUUGAGGACCUGAACAGGGUCGUUACGAUGCAUAUACAGUACACUCUUGCCAAGGGCCAACCUAGCAUCAUCAUAGACGACCUAAGGGAUCUACUGGGCACGGGUUUCGCGUAUCUUGACACGGCACUGAGACGCACGCCGGAAGAGAAGCUGAUCCCUGCCCUUGUGGAACUUUGGGUCUUUACAUUUACAACCAUACUCCCGUACAUGCAGGCAGUUUUCCUCCCCUUGGACCUCGAGUUCAGUGGGACGGGAUCACUCAUGACGGCAGAGCGCGCCCGCGACUUCUGGGGCGGCGUAAGGGCACGGUCAGGUUCGCAGUCGCAGGGCGAGAUAGUGCCCAUCUCGUCUGUCCUCAACGUACGGCGCAUGGUCCUGACAAGCUUCAGGGACAGCGUCAUACUGCCGCGCUACGACACGCUCAAGGCCAUGUUCUCGCGGCUCUCGUUGGAGUUCCUCCCACAGUCCCUUGCCGGCAUGGCGCUCGCCUCGCCCAUGCCAAUCCCCAAGCAGCAGGACUCGGGCAUGAGCGGCAACACUAUGUUCUCGGCGUCAUCGCUGCACCUCGGCACCUCGCCUGACGGCUCGUACGGCGCCCGCCCCGGUACCGCCAUGUCGCUCGACCCUUCCAUGGCCAGCUACAACUCGACGGGCUCUACGCUGCUAGGCGACAUGACCUCCAUGGGCAGCAGCGUCAGCCGCAGUCGCGGGCUGAGCAACGUUUCGCACGGCUCGGCGGACGGGCUACUCCGACCUUUUACCCCGAACCGCACAGGCAGCAACAACAGCAGUAGCAACAACAACAACACGACACAGGAACAAAACGUCGAGAACAGCAAACAAGUCACCGAAAUGGUCGGCCGCAUGCUCCAGUGCAUGAGUGUACUGUCGGGCAUGGACGGCGUUGGUGGCGGUGGCGGUGGCGGUGGAGUAGGAGCAGCCCUCGCUGGCGAUGACCAAGACAGCCGCGUCGCCGAGCUGUGCCGGCUCCUGAAGCUCAACUGGCUCGGGAGAGGCCGCACGGGCAGGAACAGGCGGGGUCUUGUUGGCGGGCGGGUCAGGCGCGGGCCGGGAGACCUUUCGGCUGCCGUCGGCGGCGGAGGGGGCAUGUUUGGGACGGGCACGGUCAGGGAGGAGCUCAGCGUGCCUUAG